AUGGCCGCCGGCCAGGAGAAAGUUGGACCCUCUUUCUUGGGACCACCUCCAGUGGGACCACCUGUAGUGGGACCACCUCCUCUGUCCCAGGACCACUUCCUCCCUUCUGGGUCCAACUCCUCCCAGGGUCCACCUCUCUGCUCCUUCCAGGAGAGAUGUAGACCACAUCUCCCAGGUCCACAUCUUCUGUCCUGGAAUAACCUCCUCACCCCUGGGACCACCUCCUCUCUCCCGUGUCCACCUCCUGUCUCCUGGGUCUCCAGACCUUCCUCAUUCAGCAGGAAGGAGGAGGAGCUGUUCUCUCCAGGAACGCCUUCCGAGAAACAACUUUCACCCAAAAGCAGCAGCAAGAAUUCGCCGUCACCAAGGAGAAGCGGCGAGAAGCAAACGUCCGGAGAGACAUCGGUCCCUCAGGAUGAGAGUGGUGCAGAGACACUGGUGAAGAAACUGCUUCAAUCAUCAGCUGUCCAGUCUUUGUCAAAGCAGAUGGAUGUAGAGAGUCUUGUGAAAACUCUGACUCCGAUUUUCCUGGACGAGUUCAACAAGUUAACCUCAACACCUGGAUCAUCAGAGGCGCUAUUAACUGCAGGCUUCCCGACAAAUCACGAGCCUCCUGUGACUUCAACUGAACAGAAAACGGCUACAAAAAUGGAAUCUGAGCCAUCGAACAAAAUUGAAGCCCUAAAUGUGAAGGAGAAACCAAAGAAUGAGACUGAACUAAAAUGUCUGUUGGUCACACCUACUGAAAAUAAACCAGCAUCAAUCGAAAAGCCGGCGCCGGUGAUUUCCUCAGAGGAUCUGACUGUUGGGGAGAAGAUAGAAAAGUGCUUUGACCCCAAACUCAUUUGGCCUGUUGAAUUCACAGAUUCCAUUUCAGAACCAGAACUCUUGAUAACCAACCUUCCGAACUAUUUCGACGGCUGCUACACAGAGGACGAUCUCGUCGAUCUCCUUCGUCCUUUUGGGUUUGAGAAGAGCUCCAACAUUUAUGUGAUUCCUCAGAAACAGCUGGCUAUAGCUUUCAUGCCACACGUGAAAGGGCUGAAGGAAGCCCUCACACAGUCUAGAAGCGGCAUGUUUUUCAAAGGAUCUAAACUAUGCCUACAGGCUUGUAGAAUAGUGACUUGUUGGAAACCAGGAAAGUCUACAUCGCUUGGCCUUUACAAAGCUUUGAUGCGGUGCUUAAAACAUAACAUGACUGAUAACGGAGAAGGUACAAUCUGCAUUCAUCACAUCUCACCAAGCGAGACCCGCGACCUCCGGACGGCUCUGAGGAAAAUUGGUUCUGUAAGAAACUUCCUGCCUCUGCUCAACAAGGUUUUUAUUGAGUUUGAGUCGAAGCACGAUGCGGAUCGGCUUGGAGUUUGGUACAGCUUCCUGAAACCAGGCCGUAAACACACCGUGGAAAGGCUGAAAAUGUUUGUGGCCACCAGUAUAGCUCUGCCCCCCAAACUUCCUGCUCAGGCUCUGCCGGACGCCAGUGAUGCUGUCGCUACUGCGAGGAUCCCUAUUGCCAACGGUGUCAUUAAAGAUUGUGCUGUUCCUCCAUUUUGGGUCACAAUGUCAACGGCGCCGUACAUGUUUCCCACGAUGUCUCCGUGGUUUGACAUCCCUGCUUUCCAGACAGUGAAAGAAGUUAGCGACAUCAAGAAAGCUCUCCCUCAGGCCUCCCAGUUCUCCACCAUCAUGCUGACUGGUUUCCCUCAAUCGAUAAGGAGACAAAGUGUUGUUGCCCAGAUGGUCUCAGGUUAUUUCACCAAAGGUUACUCAGAGUCUGUGAACGUCCUGUCACUGCAGAGGAGGGCCUUUGUGUUUUUCCCUUGUUGGGAUUCUUGCCAAGGCUUUCUCGAGGGUUACUUGACUUCUAAACCUUCUGGCAAAGACUUCGUUCUUAAAGUCCACUUGGUCUUAGAGGACAUGCGUCCAGGAGACACUGAGGAGACGAUGUACAGGAAUCUGAUGAGAUGGAGCAACGCUCAUGUUUCAGAGCCUGAGUCCCUCAGUCAGCGGCUGAUAUGUGUGACUUUCUCUGACAUCACCCUGAGCGUCAUCCAGGGCUUUCUGAUGGCAGUCGGAUCCAUCGCUCCGUUUGUCAACUACCUGGUCCUCACUGAUCGCAUCUACAUAGAAAUGUGUGACUCCAGCAGUGCAGCUCAGGUGUUGGACCUUCUGAUGUUUAACCUUCUAUCUGAGGAAGAGAAGAAGAAGAAGAUGAGUGAUUGUGAUCAGAAGAAGGAGGAAGGCUUUUGGAGGAAGCGUCAAAAUGUCUACCUGUUUAGGAUUAAAAAUGUCCGACUUGUGCAGAGGCAGCCCCCAGCAGGGGGCGCCGUUUCAGGAAUGGCUAAAGCUUCAGAUAAGAUCCAACCUGCUGGUGUUCAGGUUGAAGCUGAAGCCUGUGAACAAUUAACCCAGACCGAAGCAGCUGAGGCAGAGGAUGUUGGAACAGAUUCAGCCGAAGAUCGGACUGAAAACGAGAGUUACACUCAGCAACGUCAAACUCCUGCAGACGAGUCGACGAAAGAGGAAGGAGAGCAGGAACAAGAGCUGAUCGAUUUUGUAACGGAUCAGGAAGACAAACAAGAAGAGAAACAGAAAACGGCUGGUAAAGAAUCUGAGAUGAGAGGCGGAUCUGCAGCAAAAGAGGACGAGACGACCAGCGGCGACGACGCCAUGACAGAGGGGGAAAAUAAAGGAGAAGAAGAAGAAAAGGAGGCCUCCACAAAGCCUGAGCAGGAAGUGGGAGCAGAAACUGCUGACGGCUCAGAUCCCAGCAGCCCAGGUUUAGAUCAGAGUGUAAACGCUGCAGCUUCAGGUGAGCUGGAGCAGAUGGAACAGGAAGUGACAUCACUGAGAAAAAGAGGACGACCCAGGAAGAAACCCAGAAAGACUCCUGUGACAAAAUCUGCUGGAGGAAAACCUGAGAGCCCAGAAGAAAACAGAGAAGAAGAAGACAAAUCACUUCCUGGUACGCCACUGGAUCCUUCUUCUUCUGCUCUAUUGAGGGAUGUCAAGACGGAGACGGAGGAUGAAGCUGCUGAAGUUUUAGACCAGCCAGUGAACGCUGCAGCAGCAGGUAAUCUGGAGGAAACGGUGCAGACGGAACAGGAAGUGACAUCAAAAAGAAAAGGAGGCCGACCCAGGAAGAAACACAGAAAGACUCCUGUGAAAAAAUCUGCUGGAGGAAAACCUGAGAGCCCAGAAGAAAACAGAGAAGAAGAAGACAAAUCACUUCCUGGUGCGCCGCUGGAUCCUUCUUCUUCUGCUCUAUUGAGGGAUGUCAAGACGGAGACGGAGGAUGAAGCUGCUGAAGCAGCAGGUAAUCUACAGGAAAUGGAGAAAACGGAACAGGAAGUGAUAUCGACUAAAAAAAGAGGACGACCCAGGAAGAAACCCAGAAAGACUCCUGUGAGAAAAUCUGCUGGAGGAAAACCUGAGAGCCCAGAAGAAAACAGAGAAGAAGAAACCAAACCUGAGACGGAUGCUGAAGGUCCUGAGGGACAGAACCUGGACGGACGCUUGGAGGAAGAGGAGGAGGAUGAAGGACGCUGCAGGGCCGCCGGAGAAGGUUUGGAAGAUGAGACUUUAAUUUUAGACCAGCCAGUGAACGCUGCAGCAGCAGAUAAUCUGGAGGAAAUGGAGGACACGGAACAGGAAGUGACAUCACUGAGAAAAAGAGGACGACCCAGGAAGAAACCCAGAAAGACUCCUGUGAGAAAAUCUGCUGGAGGAAAACCUGAGAGCCCCAAAGAAAACAGAGAAGAAGAAGACAAAUCACUUCCUGGUGCGCCACUGGAUCCUUCUUCUUCUGCUCUAUUGAGGGACGUCAAGACGGAGACGGAGGAUGAAGCUGCUGAAGUUUUAGACCAGCCAGUGAACGCUGCAGCAGCAGGUAAUCUGGAGGAAACGGAGCAGACGGAACAGGAAGUGACAUCAAAAAGAAAAGGAGGCCGACCCAGGAAGAAACACAGAAAGACUCCUGUGAAAAAAUCUGCUGAAGGAAAACCUGAGAGCUCCGAAGAAAACAGAGAAGAAGAAGACAAAUCACUUCCUGGUGCGUCGCUGGAUUCUUCUUCUUCUGCUCUAUUGAGGGACGUCAAGACGGAGACGGAGGAUGAAGCUGCUGAAGGUCCAGACAAACAGAACCUGGAUGGACGCUUGGAAGAAGAAGACGAGGAGGAAGAAGAAGUAGCUUGUAAAAAACGAAGGACGUCUCUUUGGACCGCUGCUGACUUUAUCCUGCCACCUUUCAACCCAGACAUCUCCUGUGGCGAGGAGUUCACUGCUCGUAAACUGGGAUAUUUCUGUUCCCUCUGCUCUGUCUUCUACGUGCUGAAGAGCAACGAAGAGGACACUCACUGCUGCAGCAGAAAUCAUUACGACAACCUGCUGAAACAUUCGCAGAUGAAAGAAGAGCAACCGUCACCGCCUCCAAAAACAAAAACCAGACGCUCUCAAUGAUCCUGUUUUUAUUUCUCCAGUAUUAAAACUGUUCAACUCCUAGUCUGCUUGGAUUGGGCAGCUCCAUUUUUAAACUCUGAAUUUAUUUAAGUGCUUUAUAAUCAAUUCAUGAAGACGAUUCCCUUCACAUUCAAUGUUUCUAAUUACAGUUAGGGCCAGAAAUAUUUGGACAGUGACACAGGUUUUGUUAUUUUAGCUGUUGACAAAAAUAUGUUCAGAAAUACAAUUUAUAUAUAAUAUGGGCUGAAAGUGCACACUCCCUGCUGCAAUAUGAGAGUUUCCACAUCCAAAUCGAAGAAAGGGUUUAGGAAUCAUAGCUCUGUAAUGCAGAGCCUCCUCUUUUUCAAGGGACCAAAAGUAAUUGGACAAUGGACUCCAAAGGCUGCAAGUAACUCAAAAGGCCUUUCCCUCGUUAACCUGUAAUCAAGUAAGUAGUUAAAAGGUCUGGGGUUGUUUCCAGGUGUGUGGUUUUGCAUUUGGAAGCUGUUGCUGUGACCAAACAACAUGCGGUCAAAGGAGCUCUCAAUUGAGGUGAAGCAGAACAUCCUGAGACUGAAAAAAAGGAAAAAAUCCAUCAGAGAGAUAGCAGACAUGCUUGGAGUAGCAAAAUCAACAGUCGGGUGCAUUCUGAGGAAAAAGGGAAUU